GCACUACCAUUAUCCUCCCAAGUCCAAACUGGAGAUUUCCAGAUAACACACGCGGCCCUCUCCACCUUAUCUCCUUCCUCAAUUCCUCCUUUUCCCCACUCCUCUCCUCUCCAAACAUGUAGCAACCAUGCAAGAAACUCUCCACCUUUCCUCCUCCUCCACCAUUCCCAUCUCCCGCCCCAAACACCUCCAUUUCCCGCCCCAUUCCUCCCCCAAAUCCCCCACCAUUUCCCUCCCCCCCGCACCCAAACCUCCGCCCCUCAAGUCCCCCGAAACUCAAUCCCCUCCCAUCAUUUCCCCUCCGCCUUCCGGAAACACCCAGCUCCAAGAAUUGCUCCUCUACUUGGAUUCUCUGGGCGUAGACUCCUUUUACUGCCUCCACUCCCACCCACCCUUGAUUUCCACUCCCCUUUCCCAAAUCAAGUCCACCGUCGACUUCCUCUUUUCUCUAGGCCUCACCGCUCAGGAUCUCCGCCGGAUUUUCCCCAUGUGUCCGGAGCUCUUGACCUCUUCCACUUCCUCUACUGUAAUUCCGGCCACCACUUUCCUCCUCCGAGAGGCGCUAGUGGAAACCGCGGGCCUCCGCCAUGUCAUCCACCGCCGUCCCCGCCUCCUUGUAUGCAGCGUCGAGCGCCAGCUUCGGCCUACUCUGUACUUCCUCCAAGGCACCAUUGGUAUCGAUGAUGUCAGCAAGUGGGCUCCGCUUUUAUCGUGCUCCGUUGAAUCCAAGUUCAUUCCUCGGAUUGAGUACUUGCAGAAACUUGGGUUUUCGUACAAGGAUACUAUUAUUAUGUUUAGGAGGUUCCCGUCGUUGUUCUGUUACAGCAUUAAGGAAAAUUUUGAGCCGAAAUUUGAUUAUUUUGUGGUGGAAAUGGGGAGAGAAUUGAAGGAACUGGUUGCGUUCCCGCAGUACUUUUCUUUUAGCUUAGAGAAUAGAAUAAAGCCGAGGCACAGGAUGUGUGUGGACAAGGGCGUCUGCUUGGCAUUGCCUACUAUGUUGAAGUUGUCGGAGGGACGGUUUCGGGAGAGGUUGGAGGUGUGUUGUAGUUCGUCCGCUCCGGAAUAGGUGGAGGUUUGUAUCUAUACACAGUUGUGCACUGGCGAAAAUGCUAUGUGUAUUGUGCUUCCAUAUUUGAUGUGAGAACAUCUGUUUUGUGUUUAUUGCACUUUCAGCAGCCUUAUUCUGAGCAAUCGUUCACCUAUUGGAACAUUCUCUGUGCGGGAUGAGGUCUCAUGUGGUUCAGAAUUUUGUUGCUUAGAUGAGCCUUUUUCGCUUUUCUAAGCUAGAUGACAAUAAGUUGCUGUGUGGCCUCUCUAUUGGUACCUUCACUAGUGAGUUAUCUUUUUGUGAGUGCAAGCAUCUGUUUGCACCACGCCUGGUAGAUGAAUCCAGUUUAAGUGGCAACUUAGGAUGGUUUUUUACUUCUCAAACACUUUGCGUCUUUGUUCAAUUAGGAUGAACCCUGAAGUCUUGAAUCACAUGUUAGCAUAUUCUAAAAUUAGUUUAAUCAGGUGCACGACACGAUUGUAGUAUGUAGAUUUUUUUAGAUACUUUAUGCCUACCGACUGCAGUGUGGUGUAGAGGAUGAUUGUUAUUUGAACUUCAGAUGGAACCAACUUGUACAGUGUGUGAUACAUUGAUUUUGUAGCCUUGGAUGGUUGAUUGACGACGUCCUCUAAUGUGGAGAACAAUAAGGGACAUCAUGAUCAAAGUGCUCGUCUCUUUUACAUUUCUAGAGAAUGUUUGCUAUUGUUCUUGUAUCUAAAUGAUCUACUACCAGAUGGAUCCUUGAUCUAAAGGUUUAUUGUGCAAGUGUAUACAUCAAGUAUUGUCGACCGCGAAGGUGGAAUAGAUUUUUCUUUGUCAUUGGAUCAAGCUGCUGGAGAUGCAUGCGUUUUCGCUAGAUACUUAAUUACCCGUGUGCAUUAACUUUUUGGGGAUCCUAUGCGACAUUAGAAUCAGGAAAAUGAACUGCAAAAAUCUGUCUUC